AUGGACCUGGAGAAGUUCUACCAAGAAGAUCAUGCCUUCUACAAGGUCAUAGUUGGCGAUUUCAACGCUAAGGUUGGCCCAAGAAGAACGCCGGAGGAACUUCACAUCGGGACCCACGGCCUACAAUGGAAUAACCAGGGAGAGAGGCUCUCCGAGUUCAUCAUGACGACUAAGACCAUCCAUGGGAACUCGCAAUUUCAGAAGCCCUCUUCUUUACGCUGGACGUGGGAGUCACCCGGUGGAGGGUACCGUAGUGAAAUAGACCACAUCAUCGUCAAUAAAAGGUUCUGCCUGACGGACGUCGGUGUUGUACCAAAGUUCUAUACGGGAUCGGACCAUCGCCUCCUCCGAGGAAGAUUUUCCUUCACAAGGAGAGCAGAGAAAGCCGCCAAGUUCAGAGAGAGAAAUCCCAGGACUACCAUCAACUGGGAUCUCUUCGCUACGCUAGCCGGCUUUUGGGAAGAUUCCGCAAUGGACAACAUCGACGAGGAAUAUGACCGGCUUGUCGAACACCUUCACGACUGCGCGAAGAAGGCUGAGAGUUUUAAAACCACCAAGAGGCGUCUGUCUCUUAAAACUCUUGAGCUGAUACGCCAGCGUGGAGCAGCACGAGCCGCAGGGAACCAAGAACUCACGUCCGAGCUCGCAAGGCUUUGCCGAGAGGCGAUAAAGGAAGACCUUAAAGAGAGAAGAGCAGAAGUGCUGGCUGAAGCUGCAGAGGCGGGGAAAAGCAUCCGCUAUGCCCGUCGAGAUUUCGCCAGUCGCAAGACGAGGAUGACUGCUCUCCGGAACCCAAAGGGAACAGCCAUUGCAUCGAGAAGGGGGAUGGAGAAAAUCAUCUACGACUUCUACUCUGAUCUCUUCGACAGCCAUGUCCACUUGCCUCCUCACCAUCUGAGGGAAGAUGGACAAGUCAUUCCAGAGGUUCUCCCGUCCGAAAUACGACAUGCUAUCAUGUCGGUAAGAAAUCGUACGGCACCCGGUCCCGACAGAAUAAGACCAGAACACCUGAAGAGCCUUCCGCCAGUACUCAUCAACACCCUGGCGAGGCUCUUUACACGUUAUCUGUCGGAAUGCAAGGUUCCUAAACAGUGGAAGACCAGCAAGACCGUGUUGUUGUAUAAAAGGGAGAUCCACAUGACAUCGGCAACUAUCGCCCAAUCUGCCUACUGUCCGUCAUCUACAAGCUCUUUACAAGAGUAA